ACACCCAUUCCUAAAGGACUAAGACACAGCUGUCUGGAGUGUGUGCGUUUUAUUUUUCAAUCAACAACAGAAUUCUAAGAUAUUUUGUCACACCUUGAAUCUGAACAAAAACCAAUGGCUUUCGAAUCUGGAUCAUUUUUUCCUGCAGACGAAAGGAUGAAUGCUUGGGCCACUGUCUUUGUCCUGUGUGCAGUGUGGCCCAGCGCUUUGUCCGUGACUCGGUACUCCAUAGCGGAGGAGAUGGAGAGGGGCUCUGUUGUGGCGAAUCUCGCGGCGGAUUUAGGACUCGAGCCCGGAGGUUUGGCACAACGAGAGGUAAAGCUCGACAUUUUCACUAACAAAAAAUAUCUCGAUUUUAACAAAAAGACAGGGGAGCUGUUCAUCGUGGAAAAGAUGGACAGGGAAUACCUUUGUCCGGCCAAGCCUACGUCCUGUUUUCUAAAGCUUGAUGUUGUCAUAGAGAGCCCCUUGCGCAUCUUUAACAUUGAACUUGGAAUAACGGACAUAAACGACAACGCUCCACAUUUUCGACGUGACAGGGUGGAGCUCGAUGUCUCAGAGUCGGCGGCGCCAGGAGAGAGAUUCUCCCUGCCCAAUGCCGUGGAUCCGGAUGUUGGCAUAAAUACAAUUAAAACAUACAAGCUCAGUGUCAGCGAGCAUUUCACCAUCGAAAUUCAGACGGGCAGUGAUGGAACUCAGUAUGUGGAUUUGGUGUUGACCAAGUCUUUAGACAGAGAGGAGAGCGCUGCCCAUCAGUUGAUACUGACUGCUGUAGACGGCGGGGUCCCCGUGCGCUCGGGCACUGCCAGUAUUAUUGUUAGAGUCCAGGACACAAACGACAAUCCCCCGCGGUUCGACAAGCAGACGUACACAAUUAACAUGACAGAGAACUCCCCGGUAGGAACCUCAGUGGUGAAGCUCAACGCCACAGAUCUUGACGAGGGUGUGAACUCAGAGGUUGUGUACUCGUUCACCCUUUACACGUCAGAGAAAACACAAGAUGUCUUUGCGCUGAAUCCGAACACGGGGGAAAUUACUGUGAAGGGGACUAUUGACUACGAAGAUAUGACAUUGUAUGAGAUGCACAUCGAGGCCAGAGACAAAGGGACGCAUCCCCUUCUGGAGCAGUGUAAAGUAGUCGUCCACGUGACGGAUAUGAAUGACAAUUAUCCAGACAUCACCAUACAGUCUGUUAAAAACACAGUGGGUGAGGACAUCCCAGUAGGAAGCGUCAUCGCUCUGGUCGGAAUAAGUGACAGAGACAGUGGGGAUAACGGAAAAGUGAGUUUAUCUAUACAUCAGCCCAUGCCCUUCAUUCUGAACAGGUCAUCAGAAAGCCCCAUGUAUUAUAAUCUCAUAGUGUCUGAGCCUUUGGACCGUGAAAUUCAACCAGAAUAUGACAUUACGCUGAUUGUGACAGAUUCAGGAAACCCGCCUUUAUCCGUUAAUGAAACAGUAACUUUGCAUCUGCUGGAUGUUAAUGACAAUGUUCCACAGUUCCCUCAGUCAUUUUAUACCAUACGUGUCAUGGAGAAUAAUGCACCUGGGGCCUUGCUCAGUUCACUGACGGCCUUUGACCCUGACCUCCAUGAAAACCAGUAUCUGGUUUAUUUCAUCCUAGAGAGGGAGAUAGCCAACACCUCCAUGUCCAUGCUGUUCUCCAUCAACCCAGAGAACGGGAAUCUUUACGCACUGAAAACUUUUGACUAUGAGAUCGAGAAGGAGUUUCAUUUCCACAUCGAGGCCAGAGACUCUGGCUCUCCUCCACUCAGCAGUAACGUGUCCGUCCACAUCAUUAUCGUGGACCAGAACGACAACGCUCCGGUUAUUGUGUCUCCGUGGCGCGCACACGGCUCGGUGGUGGAAGAGAAGAUCCCCAGAUCCACCGAUAAAGGUUCUCUGGUUGCCAAGGUGAUAGCUCUAGACACAGACUCGGUGCACAACUCUCGGAUUACCUACCAGUUUCUACAAGUGACUGACGCCACCUUGUUCAGUCUGGACCAGUACAACGGAGAGAUCCGGACUAUGAGGAUGUUCAGUUACAGAGAUCCGCGCCACCAGAGACUGGUUGUUGUUGCCAAGGACAACGGGGAGCCUGCUCUCUCUGCUACAGUCACCAUCAAGCUGUCCACAGUGGAGACUGCGGUGAAGGCCUACUCUGACAUGACUGAGGUGCCUCUAGAGUACGACAUCUUCUCAGACCUAAACCUGUACUUGGUGAUCGGUCUGGGCUCCGUGUCAUUCCUCCUGCUGAUCACCAUCUUGGUCACCAUCGUGCUCAAGUGUCAGAAACCCAAGCCCAGCAAAGCGGCUCCUCCCUGCAGGAACAGUGUGAUCAGUGAGAGGAACUCCACCAUCGCAGAUUCCACUCUGGUCUCCAACGAUGCCUACUGGUACAGUCUGUUUCUAGCAGAGACCAGGAAAGGAAAGAUGGUGGUCAGACAGCCUGUGCCAAAGGGCUCCAGAUACAUCGUGUCCAGUUUACCAAGAGGAACAGGACUGACAGACACUAGUGGGUCUGCGGCUUCUACUCUGCAGGUAGGAAUAAAAAACACACAUCACAAUUCACAUGUGGCGCUGUUCUGUUAG